AUGUCAUAUGCCUCAGCGGUCGAUAUUUCAAAAUUUUCUGACCCAUUGUUUGAUCAGGGUGCUCAUGAAAAUAUAUUCGCACUAGACAUCGGUGGUUCACUUGCGAAAUUAGUGUACAAACGCGUUUUCCGUUAUAGACGUUCUGUACCCCAGCAGUGUCGUAAAAGCGUCAGUGAAAAUGAAAUACCUUUUGACUUUUAUGAGUACACAGAACACGAAGAUGAAGGACAAAAAUUAUGUUUCAUAAAAUUUGAAACUAAGAACAUAGAAGAAUGUUUGGAUUUCAUUCUUUUUAACAUUACACAUCAAGGUGCUUUAUCCAAAAAGACAAUUAAUAAGAUCAAGGUGACUGGUGGGGGUGCUUAUCGCUAUCGUGAGCUAAUUUGUUCGAAGUUGGGAGUUGAAUUGGAUAAAGAAGAUGAAAUGGAUUGUCUUGUAAGAGGAUGUGUAUUUAUGCUUCGAAACAUCCCAGAUGAGUUAUUUUAUUAUGAUAAACAUGCUACUCCAGCCCACGUCUUUGUUCCAAAUUGCUUGGUGAGUACGUUACCUUUCCUUUUGGUCAAUGUUGGGUCUGGCGUUAGUUUCUUGAAAGUUGAAAGUCCCAUGUCUUAUCAAAGGGUUGGUGGAACGUCUAUUGGGGGUGGCACUUUUUGGGGUUUAGGAACGCUGUUAUCUGGAGGGAAGUUUACUUUCGAUGAGCUUCUGGAAAUGGCGGAUUCUGGUGACCACCGCCAUGUUGACAUGUUGGUACGCGAUAUAUAUGGAGGUGCGUAUGAAGCACUUGGACUUUCUGGGGAUGUAAUUGCGAGCUCAUUUGGUCUAGCUGCUCGUCAUCCGGAACAACCUCGUGUGUUAGGUGAUAUGGUGAAGUCCCUACUAAUUACAGUUAGCAAGUGUGUAUCCCCAAAUACUCAUAUACAGUAG